UUCUAUUUCGGGCUAGUUUUCGAGGGUUGGAUUCAGUCAGUGUUGGCGGGAGCUGAACGAUCUGGCCGCUUCUUGCUGUCUGGCCUGGGCUGGCGCUGGUGUAGGGGCUUCCAGGCAACCCUCCCCGCCUCCAGCCGGCAGAAUGCGGGUGGCUGUGGCCGGCUGCUGCCACGGCGAGCUGGACAAGAUCUAUGAGACGCUGGCGCUGGCGGAGAGGCGCGGCCCUGGGCCGAUAGAUCUUCUGCUGUGCUGCGGCGACUUCCAGGCGGUGCGCAACGAGGCCGACUUGCGUUGCAUGGCCGUCCCGCCCAAGUACCGCCACAUGCAGACCUUCUACAGGUAUUACUCUGGAGAGAAAAAGGCCCCAGUUCUCACAAUCUUCAUUGGGGGAAACCAUGAAGCCUCAAAUCAUUUGCAAGAGUUACCCUAUGGUGGCUGGGUGGCGCCAAACAUUUAUUAUUUAGGUUUGGCUGGUGUAGUAAAAUACCGAGGCAUAAGGAUUGGUGGCAUCUCUGGUAUCUUUAAAUCUCAUGACUAUCGAAAAGGUCAUUUUGAGUGCCCCCCUUAUAAUCCAGCUACAAUAAGGAGUAUAUAUCAUGUGAGAAAUAUUGAAGUCUAUAAAUUAAAACAGCUGAAGCAGCCUAUGGACAUAUUCUUAUCUCAUGAUUGGCCAAGAAAGAUCUAUCAUUAUGGAAAUAAGCAGCAGCUUCUGAAGACUAAAUCUUUUUUCCGACAAGAAGUGGAAAAUAACACAUUGGGAAGUCCUGCUGCCUCAGAGCUCUUAGAGCACUUCAAGCCUACGUACUGGUUUUCUGCACACCUUCAUGUGAAGUUUGCAGCCUUAAUGCAGCAUCAGGCCAAGGAUAAAGGACAGGCAGCCAAAGCAACCAAAUUUUUAGCCUUGGACAAAUGCUUACCACAUAGAGACUUUCUUCAGGUGAUAGAAAUAGAACAUGACCCCAGUGCUCCUGAGUACUUAGAGUAUGAUAUUGAAUGGCUCACUGUUCUCAGGGCUACUGAUGAUCUUAUUAAUGUGACUGAGCGUCUAUGGAAUAUGCCUGAAAAUAAUGGCCUGCAUGCAAGGUGGGAUUAUAGUGCAACAGAAGAAGCUAUGAACAAAGUAUUGGAAAUACUGAAUCAUGACCUCAAAGUUCCAUGUAACUUCAGCAUAACAGCUGCUUGUUAUGACCCUAGCAGGCCACAGACACAAAUGCAGUUGGUUCAUAGGAUCAGUCCUCAAACUACUGAAUUUUGUGCCCAACUUGGCAUCACUGACAUGAAUGUCAGGCUUCAGAAGGCCAAGGAGGAACAUCACUUAUGUGGUGAAUAUGAACAGCAAGAUGAUGUGGAGAGUAAUGACUCUGGAGAAGAUCAUAGUGAAUAUAACACAGAUACAUCUGCCCUGUCCUCUAUUAAUCCAGAUGAAAUAAUGUUAGAUGAAGAAGAGGAAGAUGAAGAUAGUAUUGUAAGUACGCAUAGUGACAUGAAUACACCAUCUGUAGAACCUUCUUCUGAUCAAGCUUCUGACUUCUCUGCAAGCUUUUCUGAUGUCAGGAUCUUGCCGGGUUCCAUGGUUGUAUCUUCUGAUGAUACAUUGGGUUCCCCAGAUGGCAGAGAGGGGAAACUUGGUGAGGCUCCAGAGUCAGGGGAUGGAAACGACUUAACCGAGUUGCCAUUGAAGAGGCUGAGUGAUGAACAUGAACCUGAACAAAGAAAGAAAAUUAAGAGGAGGAAUCAAGCCAUCUAUGCUGCAGUGGAUGAUGAUGAUGCAGCAUAAGACAAUUGAGUUGUCUCCGUAUUAUAUGUAGAUAUGUGAUUUUUGAGACUAUAUUUUUAGAGUUGGAUUUUUGACUGAAGAUUUAACUUUGUAAUAAUGAAGUUACUUAAGAGAAUUUUAGUUAGGUAUUGACUUUGUCUUUACUCCUUUGUAUAUUUCAGAUGAAAAUAUUAAAAUUUCAUAUAUUUACUUGAUCGAGUACCUUUUUUUGGAAGAUGGCUAUUAUUCACUUUCAUUUUUUUCAGGAAGCACUUAAUGAAUACCUACUUUCUACCAGGCACUCUUCUGUAGGAUGGCUCUAUAAAGAUGAGUAAGACAGGGAUUUUUACCUUCAAGGAGUUACUACCACUAUGAAUAUUUUGGUGUAUAAAAUAAGGCAUAUUUAAUAUUUUGUUUUGUGAAAUCAUUACUACGUGUGUAAUUUUGUAUGCUUUCUUUUUAUUUGUUAUAAAUAUUUUCCUGGUCUGCUCUUAAUGUCUGUCAAAUAUAAUUGAAAUUGAAGAUGGUAGAUAAGGUUUCAGGAAAU